AUGCUCAUCUAUUGCGUAUUUGUUGUUGCGGAAGCAGUCGUCAUGAAGCAGAAGGGCACUCGUGAGGCCAGCCACGCCGACAGCUGGUACGAGGGUGACCCCACCGUCCUGUCCAGCCAGCUCGACAGCUUCCUGGGCAAGGUCCCCACGGCCAUAGACGGCAGCACCCUGCCGGUGUCUGGAGCAAGAGUCAUCAUUGCACCACACGCCGGAUACUCCUAUUCCGGGCCAUGUGCGGCCUGGGCCUACAAGUCAUGGGAUGUCUCCAAGGCGAAGCGCGUGUUCGUCCUCGGCCCCUCGCAUACCUACUACCUGCGCGGGUGUGCGCUGACCAAGUUCGCGGCCUACGAGACCCCUUUCGGCGACCUGACGGUUGAUGAAGAGGUCAUCCAGGCUCUUCGUGAUACGGGCAAAUUCUCCGACAUACCUACUUCUCACGAUGUUUCCGAGCAUUCCUUGGAGAUGCACUUCCCUUACAUCUACAAGAGACUAGAGCAAACCUUCGGACAAGAGUCAGACGAGGCCAAGUGGCCAACGGUUGUGCCGAUUCUGGUUGGCGACAACAACGGGUCAGAGGAGAAGGCCUUUGGCGAGCUGCUGUUACCAUAUUUCAAGGACCCCGAGAACGUGUUUGUUGUGUCGUCCGACUUCUGCCACUGGGGCACCAGGUUCAGCUACACCAGCUACGUCCCGAGCGCCGGGCGGAUCUCCGAGUUGACAACACUGUCCAGGCGAAGUGCUGCUACGGAGACCCCCAUCCAUGAGGGCAUCAAGGUGCUUGACGAGCUGGCCAUCGAGGCCAUCAAGACGGGAGUUCACAACAACUUCGUGGACAAUCUGCGGGUGACUAAGAACACCGUCUGUGGACGGCAUCCGAUCGGCGUCACCAUGGCGGCGUUGGAGAUACUAGCCAAAGACGCAGGGGACGGCAGGGGCAAGGGCAAGUUCAAGUUUGUACAGUAUCAGCGGAGCAGCUUGGUGGAGCAUGUGGGCGAUUCAAGUGUGAGCUACGCCGCUGCCUAUGCGGUCAUCUGA